AUGGCAACUGCACCCAAGGACCAGCAGGACUCGGCAGACAUCAAGUCCCGCCUCAAAGAGUCCUACGACACCAUCGCCACCGAAUACAACGAAUGGACCCUCCGCCAGACCUCCCUCCGCAUCGAGUACCUCGAGAAGCUCAUGGAGAAGCUCCUCACCGCGAAGCCCCUGUCGGGCCAAAUGUCUCUCGUCCUCGAGCUCGGCUGCGGCUGCGGCCUCCCCGUCACCGAGAGGCUCCUCACCGCGCCCGACACCUACGUCACCGCAAACGACCUCUCCACCACCCAGAUCGACGUCGCCCGCAAGAACCUCGCCAAGCACGGCACCGACCGCGUCUCCUUUGUCGAGGGCGACAUGAUGAAACUCGAGUUCUCCGAGGGGUCGUUCGACGCCGUCAUUGCCAUGUACAGCAUCAUCCACCUGCCCCGCGAGGAGCAGACCGAGAUGAUCCGCCGCGUCGCCAAGUGGUUGAAGCCCGGCGGCCUGCUGCUCGCCAACUUUGCGUCAAAGGACUUGCCUGCCGUUGUGAAUGAGGAGUGGCUCCACGAGAAGGGGUGGAUGUACUGGAGCGGUUGGGGCGCUGAUGCGACUGUGGAACAGCUCAAGGAGGCCGGGUUGGAGGUCAUUAUCAGGGAUAUCGUCGAUGACAAGGACGACGCCGAGUUCCUCUGGGUCAUGGCGAAGAAAUGA